UAUUUUCAAUCAGUCGAGCCGCGGUCACACUGAACGCUAAAAUUAAAAAUCGGAGUAUAGGUGGUUUCGCUGCUGAAAUUUCGGAAAAAUAGUGUUCAAUUGUGUAAAGUGCAAUAACUAUUGGAUAGAACUUGCGUAUGUGCAUUGCGAAAAGUGUUUUUUUAGCCGCGAAAUAAGCGAAUAGAAAUCCGAGUGUGUGCUGCGAAGACGAAUUAAAGGGGAGACGGAGUAACAAUGAGUGAGCGAGACGAAGCAGACCAGUGUGUACGCUAGCGGUGCUCUUCUAACCAAAUAAAACAAAACAAAGGAGAGACAAAGGAUAGAAACCCCGAAAAAGGCACACUCACACACACAUACACAUGCACUCGCCAGCAAUAAGAAGAGCAGUGAGCAGACGGAUAAACUAAAGCCAAUGUAGUUAAAUUAACAAACAAUCGAAGGGUCCAAGGAUAUAGCCAGCCAAUUUGAACCGAUCGGUGGCACUCCAAAUCAAAAGCGAAGUGAACGGAACGAGACACAGAGCGAAAAGUCGUCGCCAAAUUGUGCAUGUGCAUGAGCCAGUGCCAGUGUGUGUAUGCCAGUGUGAGUGCGUGUGCAUAUGGGGUUGGAAAACUGUGAAAACUCAAGCGCAAAAGUCUUUGGCUCUGAUUAACUCGCGGAAAACUCAUCAUCGCUGGGCAGGUGACGCGAAGAUGCCGAGCGCCUCGUUCACCUCGUCGCGCACCUACGUGCGCCGCUCCCGCCGGAAAGGAGCCAACCGGAUAGCGAUGCCCAACCGGCCGACGGGCAACAUAAUGGAUCCCAUGCUUCAACAGAAUGUGGCCGCCGCCGGUGCGGGAGCCAGUGCAUCCGGUUCCAACAGCAGUGCCGCUGGCAGUUCCGGUGCUGGUAGUGUUGGCAACAACAACGCCAGCAGUAGCGGGAGCAGUGGCGCCACAUCCACCUCCGGAUCUGCAGCGGCAGCAGCAGCAGCAGCUGCCGGAGCUACUGCAGCAGGAGCCUCCAGUUCUGCGGAGUACUUUGACAGCGGCCAAGGUGCUAGUGGCUCCAGUGGAGCGGCAUCAUCGGGCUUCUCUGGCAGCUUUUAUAAUGCCCUGCAAAUGAUGGACACCACUGAGAGCUCGGGCGCCGGCACCAGCCAGUCAACGCCACCGGCAUUAGGAGCCUCCUCCUCCACCACCUCGAAGUCCACCUGCGCCACAGUCGGAUCUAGUACGGCAAGCACGUCCGCUGCCGCAGCAGCUGCAGCCUCUGCUUCAGCCGGAAGUAGUCACCAGAGCCCGUACGACUUGCGCCGAAAGAUCUCCGCCAGCAGCCACGACCAGUGGCCCACCAGCUCAUCUUCCGCCGUGGCAGCAGCUGCCGCAAUACUCGUAGGACCAUCGAGCAGCUCCCCGCCGCUGGUUAAUCCGGGUGCCUCGCCCUCCAGCUCCUCGUCGUCCUCCUCCUCCAGCUCGUCGUCUUCGUCCGCCUCGUCCUCGAGCUCCUCGUCCAACGUACAGGCGCCGUCGACCAGCGCCACCUUUCCGGUGAACAAUGCACCCACCACUGGAGCCACGCUGGCGCAGCCACCCAAUGUCCACAGCUCGGUGCCGCAACAGCAUUGUGGUGCACUGCCGGUUGGCGCUGCCAUCGAGGAUAAUAACUACAUGCUGCCAGCGAGGAAAAGAUCCCGACGCCUCUACACACAAGGCGGAGAAAUGGGACCGACUGCUGGAGCCACUGGAGAAGCAGCCGGAGCUGGAACAGCAGCGUCCGGCGGUGCAGGUUGUGCGCCCACGGCGGCCCAGUACCUUCAGUAUGAGCUGCCCGACGAGGUUCUGCUGGCCAUCUUCUCAUAUCUGAUGGAACAGGACCUAUGCCGCCUGGCGCUCGUAUGCAAGCGCUUCAACACCAUUGCCAACGACACGGAGCUGUGGAAGCGACUCUAUCAGUCUGUCUUUGAGUACGACCUGCCACUCUUCAACCCGGAGCUGUGCAAGUUCGUAUUUGAGAAACCCGAGGAGUCGGAGUACGCCAAUCCGUGGAAAGAGAGCUUCCACCAGCUGUACCGAGGCGUGCAUGUGCGUCCCGGUUACCAGGAGCGUCGCAGCUCCGGCCGCAGCAUUGUCUUCUUCAACACCAUUCAGGCAGCUCUGGAUUACCCAGAAGAGCGAGCGGCAGCUGGAGUUUUUGUGCCAGCCGGUGCAGGAGCCGGCAAUGUGGUAUCCGCCGGACUGUCCAACACAAGUGCGUCAGCGGGUGUUGGUGGUGCCAGCGUCAAUGCACUGGUCAACAUCUAUGAGGAGCAAGUGGCCCCGACCGAGCAUCCCGGACCACUGAUAUUCCUUCAUGCUGGUCAUUACAAGGGGGAAUAUCUGUUCAUCGAUUCGGACGUGGCACUUGUUGGGGCAGCGCCUGGCAACGUAGCGGAAUCAGUGAUCCUGGAGCGGGAGGCCGGUUCCACUGUGAUGUUUGUAGAGGGCGCCAAGUACGCCUACGUGGGUUACCUCACACUCAAGUUUUCGCCCGAGGUCACAUCAACAGUGUCGCAUCACAAGCACUACUGCCUGGACAUCGGCGAGAACUGCUCCCCAACUGUGGACAAUUGCAUCAUUCGCUCUACCUCGGUGGUGGGCGCUGCCGUCUGUGUGGGCGGGGUCAACGCCAAUCCCGUCAUUCGAAACUGCGAUAUCAGCGACUGCGAGAAUGUUGGUCUCUACGUCACUGACUACGCCCAGGGAACAUACGAGCACAACGAGAUCAGCCGGAACGCACUGGCGGGCAUUUGGGUUAAGAACUUCGCCAGUCCGAUUAUGCGGGAGAACCACAUACACCACGGUCGGGAUGUGGGCAUCUUUACCUUCGAAAAUGGAAUGGGCUACUUUGAGAAGAAUGAUAUCCACAACAAUCGCAUAGCUGGCUUCGAGGUUAAGGCCGGAGCUAAUCCUACAGUGGUCAAGUGUGAAAUCCAUCACGGCCAGACGGGCGGCAUUUAUGUGCACGAGAACGGACUUGGUCAGUUCAUAGAGAACCGCAUUCAUUCGAAUAACUUUGCAGGUGUCUGGAUAACCUCCAACAGCAAUCCAACCAUCCGCAAGAACGAGAUCUACAACGGUCACCAGGGAGGAGUGUACAUUUUUGGCGAGGGUCGGGGUCUGAUCGAACACAAUAACAUUUACGGAAAUGCUCUGGCAGGGAUUCAGAUUCGCACCAAUAGCGAUCCCAUAGUACGGCACAACAAGAUCCACCAUGGCCAACACGGCGGCAUCUAUGUGCAUGAGAAGGGCCAAGGGCUGAUAGAGGAGAACGAGGUGUACUCCAACACACUGGCGGGCGUGUGGAUCACCACUGGUAGCACUCCGGUAUUGCGACGCAAUCGAAUACAUUCGGGAAAGCAGGUGGGAGUGUACUUUUACGACAACGGGCAUGGAAAAUUGGAGGACAACGACAUAUUCAACCACCUGUACUCGGGAGUGCAAAUCCGUACGGGCAGCAAUCCUGUAAUACGAGGCAACAAGAUCUGGGGCGGACAAAAUGGUGGAGUACUAGUGUACAAUGGUGGUCUGGGAUUGUUGGAGCAGAAUGAGAUAUUCGACAACGCCAUGGCCGGUGUUUGGAUUAAAACGGACUCCAACCCCACGCUAAAGCGCAACAAAAUCUAUGACGGUCGUGAUGGCGGCAUCUGCAUCUUCAACGGCGGCAAGGGCAUUCUUGAGGAGAACGAUAUAUUCCGCAACACGCAGGCCGGUGUACUGAUCUCGACGCAAUCGCACCCAAUCCUUCGACGGAAUCGCAUUUACGAUGGCCAAGCAGCGGGCGUGGAGAUAACCAAUAAUGCCACCGCCACGCUUGAGCACAAUCAGAUAUUCAAGAACAAGUUCGGUGGGCUGUGCCUUGCCAGUGGCGUUCAGCCCAUAACGCGGGGCAACAACAUCUUCAACAACGAAGACGAGGUGGAGAAGGCCGUAUCCAGCGGGCAGUGCCUGUACAAGAUUAGCAGCUAUACCUCCUUUCCCAUGCACGACUUCUACCGCUGCCAGACCUGCAACACAACCGACCGCAACGCCAUAUGCGUCAAUUGCAUAAAGAAUUGUCAUGCUGGUCAUGACGUCGAGUUUAUACGACACGAUCGCUUCUUUUGCGACUGCGGUGCUGGCACCCUGUCCAACCAGUGUCAACUGCAGGGCGAACCCACUCAGGACACGGACACGCUCUACGACUCGGCCGCCCCCAUGGAAUCACACACACUGAUGGUCAACUAGAGUAUCCACAUCGGCAGCUAAACCAUGGUUCUAUCUAUAGCUAUAUCUUAAGUCGUUAAGGCCAAGCUCUCAAAUCUCUCGCACAUCUCACGCGUUGCUGUAAAUAUUCGAAAGAAAUCAACAAAACAAACUAUACACGAUACAAUUAAUUGUAUGUAAAUAAUAACUAAUUAUUCUUGCGUUCAAAAUUUUACUCAAUGUGCAAUUUAGUUUAACAAGAACUCACACGCAAAGUUUUCACUUCUUAACUGACGCAUGAUACGGAUAGAUCAAUGCAAAAAUCACUGAAACUUUUCCCAUUUAUGUCACAACGAAUGAACAACUGAAAGGAGCAACACCUUUAAUACACAAUGCAUUUGUUUGUACGUCGAAAUGUAAACGAAGGAGGCGCAAAACGAGCCCUCUUGAGCCCAGUGAAGAACAAUUUUGUAAUGUAGAUUAGUAGAGAUUUUAAAAUUACAUCAAUUAACAUAAACUACGUGUAAGCAUAAGAUAUUAAUAAGCGAUAUACACAUACACAAGGCGAACGAGUAUGCCCCUGACUAACACUAACAAUUCGAAGAAAGCAAUUCUAAGUAUUAACAACAAACUAGAUUAGCGGCAGCCAAUGCUUCAGCAAACUAACCUAUGAAUAUACGAGUAUAGUAAACACAUAACAUAAUUACAUAUAAACGAAAUACAGCACACUAUAUAUAUUCAUGAGA